AUGGCAUCGCGAAGUUUUAUUCGGCCGUGUAGCGCACAGCGCGUUGUGCGCCAGGCUCUCUCCCAGCCCAUCCGACCCUCCUACUCCUCGAUCGCAGCUCUCAGAACCUCUUCUCCGACGCUUUCGUACGCCCCUACACAACCUGUAUCAUGUCGUCGAGCCUUCCACGAAGCCCCGAGUCGGAGAAAGGGUGAAGAACCGCCAGCGCAGGCUCCUCCGACCAACUUUGGCGACCUCGACAUACUCGGCAACACACCCGUUCCCUCAACCUCGGUCGACGUUUGCAUGUACGAUGGAUUUGGUUUGAACAGCGGCGCUACAAUCACGGACGGUAACGGCGUAUUGUUGGUCGACGGAGAGGUGUUCAACUGGCGGCCAUGGGAGGCGAAGGGUUCAAUGAACCUAACCAACAAGAAGGGUCAAUUUGAGAUUCCAGCUCAAGCAUUUGCCUUGUUUGAUUUGAUAUGGCCUCGCCCUGUUGGCCCGUCCAUCAUGCCGCUGGCUCCUACUACGAGACGACACCUGGCCGAGCUAGGCAUGCGAGUCGAGAUACUGGAUACAAGGAAUGCCGCUUCGCAGUUCAACCUGUUGGCUACAGAGAGGGGUGUGUCGGAUGUGGCGGCUGCCUUGAUACCUAUCGGAUGGAAAGACGGGAUUGGAGCCAAGUAA